UAGUCAAAAUAAGAGCUUGUAGCAUUAACCCUAGCGAAACGUAUUAAGUUAGCGUCAGCUGUGGACGAUAUUGCCCUUCGUCGUUGUAGAAAAUUGUAUCAAUGUAUUAUUAAACCUUAAAUCAGGUUUGCCAGAAUAGCAUAAAAUAAUUUUGAGAUAAUAAAAUGGAUUAAUAUAACAGAAAGAAAAAAGAUGGCGUAGUAACUGACUAGUUCCAGCAGGGGGCAGCAAUGGAAUCGAGCAGAUGCGAUAGAACCCCAUUGAAGAAGUAGAAGAAGAAGCAGAAGAAGCGAAGUGAACGAUACAGAUGCUAUUCUCAGCUUUUUCGAUGUAUGCUAUUAUCCAUGAUAUGCUAUUUCAGUUGUAGUACAGCAAUUUGUAACUAAGCAACAAUGUCUUCGGUUGAGAACAUGAGAGAGUUUGUCAACGAGCGGCUGACUGCUGCAGCUGAAGAAAUAUUCGGAGUUUUUGUCAAAACUAUCGUCGAGUACCAGGAAGAAAUCGACCGUCAGCGCAAACUGCUGGAUAACGGUUGGAAACCUGCAAUGAAGUUACACAGGACAGAGCAACAUGUCUAUAAGGAGGAAGAGGAAGAGGAGGUUCUCUGUGAGCAGCAGCAUCUCUGUAUUCAGCAGAGGAGCUCCAGUCUGGACCAAGAGGACCCAGAGCCUCCACAGAUUAAAGAGGAACAGGAGGAACUCUGCACCAGUCAGGAGGGAGAUCAUCUUGAGCUGAAGCAGGAGACUGAGACCUUCAUGGUGACUCCUACUCAUGAGGAAACGGACCACAGUGAAGAUAUGACUCUGAUCUUCAAUCCCGAUGACGCAGUCAAUUUACCAGUUAUAAGCUAUGUGGUAUCGGCACCAAAAAGUGACCACGAGCUCCUCUCACACAACACUCAUGAAGCUGAAAGCCAAGAUCACAAACGAGGCAGGAACGGAGACUCCGGAUCAACUAAAUAUGCAACGCCCAAAGGAAAGAAAAAACUUUUCCAACGGAAGGGACCCACUAAGAGACAGUCCAACCCAACCAUGUCAAUGAUUGACAGCAAUACACCCACGGAUAAAAUGUUUUUUCAAUGUGACACGUGUGAGAAGACUUUUCAGUUUAAGUCCCAAAUGCAGAGACACCUGUUAAUGCACACGGGUGAAAAGCCGUUUUCUUGCCACACGUGUGGGAAAAGAUUCAAUCGGGCAUCCUCAUUGACUGAUCAUAAGAGAAUACACACAGAGCUCAGACAGCAACAUGUCUGUAAGGAGAUGAUGGAGGAGGAGGAGGCUCUCUGUGACCAGCAGCUCUCUAUUGAGGAGAGGAGCCCCAGUCUGGACCAAGAGGACCCAGAGCCUCCACAGAUUAAAGAGGAACAGGAGGAACUCUGCACCAGUCAGGAGGAAGAGCAGCUUGAGCUGAAGCAGGAGACUGAGACCUUCAUGUUGACUCCUAAUUGUGAGGAAAUACUUUGCCAGAGGAACAGACCCACGAAGAGUCAGUCCAACCCGAGCAUCUCAAAGAUUGACAGCAAUACUCACACGGAUAAAAAAAAAGUAAAAUGUGUCAUGUGUGGGAAGGCUUUUCAGUAUCAGUCCUUUUUGCAGAGACACCUGUUAAUACACACGGGGGAAAAGCUGUUUACUUGCGACACGUGUGGGAAAAGAUUCAGUCGGCUUUCAUCGCUGACUGAUCAUAAGACAAUCCACACAGGUGAGAAGCCGUAUUUAUGCAAAACAUGUGGAAAAGCUUUCAGACUUGAUUGUAUCUUAAGAGCUCACAUGAUGACCCACAAGGGUGAAAGGCUGUAUUCUUGCAACGUAUGUGGAAAAAGAUUCUGUUGGCCAUCACGAUUGAAGGCCCACAUGAGAAUCCAUGCAGCGGACGAGCCGUUGGGUCUGUUCAAGAUGAACCCUGGAAAGUAGACAAGUAGGCGGGAGCAGCACGGGGGGGGGGCGUUGACAUACAGAGACGCUUACUGGAUAGGAGGCCUUGUUAAACUAUUAGUAUGUGAACCAGCUACAAAUGAGCUGGGAUCUGAAAGGAGGCAAUCACAAAAAAAACAUGAGAAAAUCAGAAGUCACAGUAACAAUAUAAACGAUGGUUACUUGUUCAAGAUUAAAGAAAUCACUGGCGCAGUUAGAAUGUUUUUUUCUCUAAUGUGACACUUGUGGAAAAGCUUUAAAAUGUAGCUUCUCAAUUUCGACACAUCUGAGAAGCCACAUUCUUGAAACACGUGGGAGAAAAGAUUCAGUGAGACAUCAGCAUAGAAGAAUAUAUAAGAGUCCAUACAGGUGAGCACUUGAAGCUGUAUUCUUGCAAAACAUGGAAACGAUUGCUGAGCAGCGGGUAUCGGCCUCAUGGCCGGUUGGUCCACAGAGAGGCCACACGUCUGCAAGCUCUGCGCUCAACGUGUGGGAGACAAUUCAAAUCUCGUGAUUCAUGAUCAAACUCACAGAAGUGAGGACCCACAUAAUUGCAGCACUUUAAGAAAUGUUUUACUGAGGUCACAUACUUGGAAACACACGUGAGCAUCAGCGUGAACUAGAGAAACCACAGAGAAGAUGAAUCUGUGUCCCUAACUUAGUGAAAUACACCAUAAGAGCUACAUCCAUGCUUUCUGUUGGAUGAUUUCCAAAUGAAAAGAGGUCACAAUAAAUUAUUGUGGUGAAGUAGAAGAUUUUCAAAAAUGCCAUAAAGUUUUGUUGAACGAA